AUGACCUCAGACGAGAAGGCAUUGCCAGCUUCUCUGUCACUACCAGAGCCCUUUCAAGAUGAAGACAGCGGCCAGCAGAAUGAAAAGACGAAAUUGGAACAAGCUGGAGGGCGAACCUCUAACCCAACCCCGACCCACAAGGGCUACCGGUUCUGGGGUAUCAUGGUGGCUCUCUGUAUAACGGGGCUGUUAGGAGCGCUGGAGAAUACUGUUGUGACAACCUCUUUACCGACCAUCGUGGAAGAGCUCAACAUCGGUGCAGAAUAUAUUUGGAUAACCAACAUCUUCUUUCUAACCAGUGGCAUCUGCGGUGGUGCAACUAGCGGUGCAAUGCUUAUUGCAGGUCGCGCGGUUCAGGGCAUUGGUAGCGGCGGUGUCAACAUGAUCGUGGAUGUUAUCAUAUCGGAUUUGGUCCCCCUACGCGAGCGAGGUAACUAUAUCGCCAUCAUCUUAACAGUCUACUCGAUAGGCACAUCGCUGGGGCCCUUUAUGGGUGGCGCGAUCGUGGACCACACUACCUGGCGUUGGGUAUUCUACAUCAACCUUCCAGUCGGAGGCGUGUCGAUGGUGCUCCUCUUCCUAUUCCUACGAGUCAAACACAACAAGCAGAUGACAUUCAUGCAGAAGGUUAAGCGGAUCGACUACAUUGGCAAUGCCAUACUCAUGGCGGCUAGUGUAUCCAUCCUAUAUGCACUGACAUACGGAGGCUCCCGCUAUGCGUGGUCUGACCCUCGCGCGUUCGUUCCCCUACUCAUUGGUCUCCUUGGUCUUAUUUUCUUCAUGCUCGUCGAAGGUUCGAAGUGGAUAGUGGAGCCAGUCAUGCCGCCCUGGCUGUUUGGGCAUCGCACUGGUGCUAUUGUAUCCAUAAAUACAUUCCUCAACUCUAUCCUUCUCUACUGGACCAUGUUCUUUCUUCCUGUUUAUUUCCAGGCGGUGCUGCAGUCCAGCCCAACGCGCGCUGGAGUCCAGUUACUGCCCAUUGUUCUAGUCGCAGUCCCCGGCGCCAUCGUGGCGGUCAUCGUGCUCACAAAGUUCGGCCGUUACAAACACCUCCACCUUGCGGGAUUUGCUAUUGUCACCAUUGGCCUAGGACUUUUUAGCAUCCUUAAUAGUCAUUCGUCUGCAGCCGAAUGGGUGAUUUUUCAAAUGCUCACUGCCGCAGGCUCCGGCAUGAUCCUUAAUACCCUCCUUCCUGCUUUCCAAGCCGGCUUACCAGAGAAAGACCAGGCUACAGCAACGGCGAGUUGGGCUUUCAUCCGCAGCUUUGGCAAUGUUUGGGGUGUUGCUAUUCCCGCCGCGAUCUUCAACAACCGUUUUGAGAGCGUAUCCAUCCGUAUAUCUGAUCCGGAUGUCAGAGCAAGGCUAUUGAGCGGUGAGGCUUAUCAGCACGCGACGGCGGCAUUUAUCUCGUCGUUGGUGGAACCGGUGCGCUCAGAGACGAUUGGUGUAUUUGUGGAGGCCCUCCGCCUAGUAUGGUACAUUGCAACUGUCUUCUCCGGAAUUGCAUUCCUUCUAGCUUUGGUUGAGAAGGAAAUUCCUCUACGAACAGAACUGGAAACGGAGUUUGGCCUUGAAGACAAGAAUCAAAAGGGGAACAACGCCGAGGAAGCUAAUACGGGCAAAAAGAACAAGAGCCAGGACAGUAUUCAGGUCGGCAAAAAGGUCACAGAGGGUACCAGCCCAAACUCCGUUAUCACGUCGGAGAAUAAUUCCGCGUGA